CUAUCCCCAGGCAUAACUCAUAUAUCACAGUUAUCAAAGCAAAUCCACAUAACCAGAAAACAAAAUUCUGAAUCCAUAUAAGAAAAAAGAAGAAGAUGUUGUUACCAGAAGCAUGCGUAGCCAAUAUUCUUGCCUUCACUUCUCCAGCAGAUGUAUUAUCGUCGUCGGAGGUCUCUUCGGUUUUCCGGUUAGCCGGAGACUCCGACUUCGUAUGGGAAAAAUUUCUACCUUCCGGUUACAAAGGCCUACUCUCUCAAUCUACUGACCAUCAUCAAAGUUUCUUGUCGAAAAAGGAGUUUUAUCGAUGCUUCUGCGAUUCCAUUCUCAUCGACAAUGCUCGAAAGCUAUUCAAGAUCAGUAAAUUUUCCGGGAAAAUUUCAUACAUUUUAUCAGCAAGAGAUAUGUCCAUAACUCAUAGUGACCAUUCAUCUUACUGGUCUUGGAGCAAUGUCUCAGAUUCUAGAUUUUCAGAGUCAGCCGAACUUAUAACAACUGAUCGAUUAGAAAUCAAUGGUAAAAUCCAAACCGGAGUUUUAUCACCGAACACAAGAUACGGAGCAUAUCUGAUAAUGAAAGUAACCAAAGGCGUUUACGGACUAGACCUAGUUCCGGCGGAGACUUCAGUUAAAUCCAACAAUGGUCAAGUUAGUAGUAGUGCAACUUAUCUAUGUUGCUUGGAUGAGAAGAAACAACAAAUGAAGCGGCUGUUUUACGGAAACCGAGAAGAGCGAAUGGCCACGACAGUUGAGGCGGUUAGCGGGGACGGGAAAAGGAGAGAGCCGAAAGGUAGAGACGACGGGUGGAUGGAGAUUGAGUUAGGAGAGUUUGAGACACGAGAAGGAGAAGAUGAUGAGAUCAUUAUGAGUCUCACGGAGGUAAAAGGGUAUCAACUAAAAGGUGGCAUUGUGAUCGAUGGUAUUGAAGUGAGACCUGAAUCCCUGAACUAAGAUCAAGAUGCUAAAAGCUAUGCCAUUAAGUCUCACGGGGGGCUAAUAUGCGAACUGUUAAAAGAACGGAAGAAACUGAUUUUAUCUAUUUAUUUAUGUCUUGACCGUAGCCUAUUUUGUCUAUUUCUAUUCAUUAUUAUUGUGAACAUCUAAGGCAGUAGAAUUUUGCAGUUUUUAUUAUUUGGCUCGCAUGAAGAUAAUGUACAAUCUCACCUGAGUGGGUCAUUCUGACUAGAGUGUUUAGAGCGUGUUUAAUGGGAGAAUACAAUUUUGAGGCUCUUAAAAUUUUUAAA